AAGACGCAGCCGAGGGCGCCCAUCAUGGCCCACCGGCAGUGGAUCACCUCCAGCUCGCGGUCCUUGGCGAAGGUCUCUGGGUCGGCGGAGAGGCCAGCGGUGUCCCAGCCGUAGUCGCCGGGGAAACUCCCCUUUCAGGCAUUGAACACAAUGCUAAUAGGCCAGUGAGAAUACAUCCAAAAAGCUCUGAAGCCUAUUGCAUGUAAUUGUUUAUGGCUGCUUCAUGACCACGAUUAUCAACUACAGAAACAAGAAUAAAUCUGUGUCUAUAAAGAAGACCCCAUUUCCCAAUCCUCUUCUUCCCCGGCUUCAUCUUCUCAGACUCAAAAAGCUUGGAAGAGAUGGCAGAGCCGAAGGUCUCCACGGUCAUCAUAACGGUUGAUUUGAAAAGCUGGAACAGCACGGCAACGAUAAAGUGGGCGCUGUGCAAGCUCAUGAUGUGGUUCAAGACCAAUUCGAUCGUCUUCGAUGAGAAGAAGAACACGGUGACGGUCACUGGCCCCUUCGAUCCCCAACAUUUCAUCCAACAGCUCUGCUCCUUGGCCGGCAGCGUAAUCAUAAACGUAGUAAUCGAACCACCGCUACCUCCGCCGCCUCCGCCGCCGCCGCCUCCACCGCCGCCGCCACCUGUGUGGCCACCCGGCCCGAUGUGGCGCUGCUGCUACAAGCCCUGCGAGCAGCCGCAGUACUGUGGCUGCAGCUCAUGGCCUCCGGCCCCACCGCAUCCGCUGCCGCAGCCCUCACCCUGCUACAAAAUCGUGUGCGAAUACGAUCCUUGCUCCUGCUGCUCCCACAAGUAAUUUAUUAACUCGCUUAAUUCCCACGUAAUUAAUUGACUUAUAAAUGUUUAAUUUCCCGUAUAAAGUUAUGGAUUGUAAGGCGAACCUCGAGGUUGACGAACAUCAACCUUGGAUGGCAGUAUUGUAACCAAAAAGUUUCCGUCGUUCAA